AUGGAGGCGCUUGCUGUAGUGCAAACUGUCUCGAGUAUCGUUCAGCUUGUCGAAUUUGGAAGCAAAUGUCUCAAGGAAGGUCUCCAAUUAUACCAUCAGAGCAGUGGGGUGUUGGAUGAGAACUUGGCCAUUGAGGCAACUGCUACACACCUAAGCAACCUAAACAACGCGGUCACGGCAUCUGCCCUUACGCUCACUGAUGCGUCACUGAAAGACCUCUGCGAUCAAAUCACUCCCACGGCUAAAGAGCUUUUGGAUGCGCUUGAACAGUUGAAGCUCGAGGGCUUCCAGCGUGAGCUCAACUCGCACAUUAGCGUUUCGACCAGGGAUAAGCUAGAAAGCUUAGAUGCACAUAUCAUCGCACGAUUCGAUGAUUGUAACGCACACACAAGAGAGAUUCUCGAUGCCAUCCGAAACAGCAGUGACUUGUUCCAAACUGCAUUGAACGACCACUCUGUCCUCUUACAGGGGCUCGAAAAGGACAUCAGAAGAUCACUACAAACCAGCCAGGCGGUCAUACAACAAGACAUACGCGACACUGCUUCGCAUACAGAGACAGUCAUCCAAGGUCAGCACAGCGAGACCCAACUGAUUGUUCGAGAGGAGAGUGAUCGAGUAAUCAAAGGAAACGCCGAUUCCAUUCGAGGACUGGAAUUGCGUGUGUAA